AUGGUACCCUCCGUGAGAGUUGUCCCUAAUGCUGCUAAGCGAGCAACCAGCUUGCUACGUACCAUUCAAUACACUCAUCCUCCUUCAUGCCCUUGUCACUCAAAUCCAGGAUAUCACCAGUCGCCACCAACAUUCACUCCCUCCAAGCAUGCUCACCAGCGUAAGUAUGCCACGCCAACAUCGCACCCAGGCCAGAAGGAGUAUGCCUUUGAGAUGGCUGCCUCGUCCAUCAGAUUUGGCCCAGGUGUGACGCAGGAGGUGGGCAUGGACUUGAAAAACAUGGGAGCAAAGCGUGUUUGUGUGGUAACAGAUGAGAAUGUCAGCAAGCUGGAUGCCAUGAGACAAGUUCGUGAGUCCCUUGCUCGUGAAGGCAUUCCUUAUGAGGUUUACGACAAGGUUCGCGUCGAGCCCAAGGACAGCUCCAUCAAGGAUGCCAUUGCCUGGGCUCGCCCUUAUGCACCAGAUGCCUUCCUCGCCGUUGGUGGUGGAUCAGUCAUGGACACGGCCAAGCUCAUGAACCUAUACACGGCAUAUCCAGAUGCAGACUUUCUAGACUUUGUCAACGCCCCUCUUGGAAAGGGUCGUCCAGUAGACAAGAAGUUGACACCGCUCAUUGCGGUUCCAACAACAGCAGGUACUGGUAGUGAGACGACAGGAACUGCCAUUUUCGAUCUUGUGUCUAAGCGAGCAAAGACCGGUGUAGCUCAUCGAAACCUGAAGCCCACACUGGGUAUCUGUGAUCCCCUCAACACCAGGACCAUGCCGGCAGCUGUCAAGGCCGCUUCGGGUCUCGACGUUCUGUGCCACUCGCUUGAGUCCUGGACUGCCAUUCCAUACAACGAGAGAACACCUAGACCAACUAACCCUAUCCUUCGGCCCGCGUACCAAGGCGCGAACCCUAUCUCGGACGUUUUCUCGUUUCAUGCACUGCGCUCUACCGUCAAGUAUCUCCCGCGAUCGGUGAAGAACCCUGAUGACCUGGAGGCCCAAUCUGAAAUGCUUCUCGCUUCCACUCUGGCCGGCGUUGGGUUCGGUAAUGCCGGUGUUCAUCUCUGCCAUGGCAUGUCGUACCCCAUUUCUGGCCAGAACCCAGGCUACAGGCACGAUGGUUACCAAGUGGAAGCCCCUCUUAUUCCUCACGGUGUCUCCGUAGCUGUCUCUGCGCCAGCAGUCUUCCGCUUCACAGCAGCGUCGAACCCAGAUCGCCAUUUGGCGGCAGCAGAGGCCUUUGGGGUUGAUAUCAGCAAUGUGAAGCGCGAGAGUGCAGGCGAAGUGCUUGCAGAAGCUAUUACCAAAUUCCUUGCGGAGCUCGGUGACCAGCCCAAGGGUCUUAAGGAGUUGGGUUUCGGCUCGGAGCACGUUGAGGCCCUUGUCGAAGGUACCAUUCCUCAGGCACGUGUGUUGAUGCUGGCACCAGGAUUGUCUACACAGCUUGAAGCGGAGAAAGACCAGCUAAGGAGGUUGUUUGAGAACGCGAUGACUCACUAA